GGAGCUGUCAAUAGUGGACAAACAAAUGUGAUAUAGAGCGUUGUGUGCUCAUGAGAUACCGAUUAGAGUGGACUAAGAUAUAGAGAUAUAGAUAGAGUGUAGCGAAUGCAAAUUAUCUAGAUGCUUUCGACGAUUCCCAUGCAGUAAGUUAGUUGAGAGUGCAAAAGGUUGACGAUAAGUGCUGUACGCUGUGCGAUACAUUUCUGACAUUAACUUCUUCCCUGAAAUAUUAAACAAGAAACCACGCCCAUUCCCGACCUUCUCCGACACACCUAGAAUGGCGAACGAAACUUAAUUAAUAAACCAUGAAUUUAUGUCACUCGACAGCAUACAAAGGUCGUAAAACUUUGAUGGGUUACCAGCUCGCUCGACUUUCUGGGUCACACACUCUCGCACAAUGGCUUAUAUAGGCACAGAUACCAGGAAGCGGGAAAGAUGCACGGACUGGUGGCAGAAACUUCCAUCUCCUGUACUUAGAAACUUGUUAAACUUUACUUGACAAACGACAAACUCUGCAGUGCUCAACUUGGCUGUCAGUGAUUAAGACGGACAGAUUUGCAGCACAUGUGGCACAUCAUUCGCCAAUUUGGGCCCGGAAUGCGGAGCGGUAUGCAGCCCAAUAUGGCCUAGCAGUUGAGGAAUAUGCGGCUACUUGGCGAAGCGGAUUUGGUCAGAGCCAACUUCCAACUUCACCUAGCGGUACUUCAACCCCAUUCUGCGACUGCCAGUUACCUUGUAGUGGUCUCCCAGGACAACUCCAUAAGUUUUAGAGAUCCGCAGAUCAUUAAUAACGUGUCAUCGCGAUGACCUCUUUUUCUGAUUAGCAGUCAUACAGAUGGUUUUGUUUGCGAUAAGCUAGCACAUCCCAUUUAGAUUCCCACAAUUAGCAAAGCUAAAAAUAAAGUGCAUUUAUUUUCUAAGCACAUGCUCAUCAUUUGCAUUAUUUAUGCCCAAACGUGACUCCUGCGAACUGAGACCCCGAACAGAAGAAGGGCAUAUCUGGGACUUCAGUUUGUUUGGUCAUGCCAUUGCCUCCCUGCAGAUAGUGUUUCGUUAUCGCAGCUCCAGUCAGCCCAUGAAUGGCCGUCCGAAAACCGUGCGGUUCAUUGAACGCCAUGGGGUUUGGUUAUCAUGCCAACACAUGCUCUUUUACACUCGCACCCGUAGUGUCUUCUGCAACCUGACUGUGCUCCAAUGUACAAGGGACACCAUCGAAUCGCAUCGAACCCGAUGCCAAGUCCCGAGGAAGUCCAGUGCCACACAUGCGUGUUGUAAAUGUUAAUGCGCCUAGAAAACUUGAGAAGAUCGACCCAGUUUUGCUUACCAUAGAUAGAAUAUGCCAGAAGCGUUUUCGAUCGGACCCAGGAACUCAAGAGGAACUAUUUGACCCAAGAAAUUGAGGCAAAUGUGAAACACAUGUGCGAGCUGGAGUAUGUGGCGUUACAUUUUUGGUUAUUGUUCUCUUCUGGCCACGAACUGAAAUUGAAUUAACCACUCGCGGAGACAAUACGAGGAACAAUCCCAACCAGCUGAGCAAUACAA